CUCAGAAAGACCAAGCGCUCAUAGGGGUAGGACGAUAAGAUAAACUCUGAAAACAGUUUGGACUAGAAUAUGGCUGAGGUGAUUUACGCCACGCCCAACAUGAUGACCAAGGCCAGAAACACACAAGGAGAGAGAGAGGAGAGGAUAGUGGAGAUCUACGCUACCAGUGAGAGCCUCAGAGAUCAACACCAGGACUAUGUGGGGACAGAGGAGACCUCCAAUACUCUGGGAACAGUAAGGAGUCAGCAGCCGGACCCUGUGAGCCCUCCUAGGCGUCCGAUCAGGGCUGUGGUGGUGCUUCUGGGCCUGCUGUCUGUUGCCCUGCUGGCUGGACUGGUUGGUUUGGCAGUGCAGCACAAGAUAGUCAUGGACAUGGGCAGAGACGUGGAGCAACUUGUCCAAAGGCUGAAGAAUAUGACCGAGCAGAGAGACUCACUACUUCGUAAACAGGACUGUCAAAGUGGUUGGGAUGACUUUGGUUAUAAAUGUUACCUGCUUUCCAAAGUGCUUGGAUCCUGGAAUAAGAGCAGGAAGAACUGUGUUUCCCAUGGAGCAGAUCUGGUGGUCGUGGACAGUAAAGAGGAGAUGGACUUCAUUAGCAGGUACGGCGGGUACUUCUGGCUCGGAGCGACAGAUGAGGCCAGUGAAGGGUUGUGGAGAUGGGUUGAUGGGACCGUCCUGUCAGUGGAUAACCCUUCCUGGAGCACAGGGAAACCUGAUGGUAACAAGGACAAGAACUGCUUAAGGACGGUCGGGAAGGCGAGUAACCUAAAAUGGAAAGAUAAGAGCUGUGAAAGCAAGAUAAGGGGGCUUUGUGAACAAAAUCUAAUAAAAUGACGGAUGAUAAAAAAAGAAAGAAAAAAAAGGAUGUUCGUUGUUUUGUUUCGCGCUUGUUGGGUUCUGCCAUUCUGCCAAGAGCUUUGAUUGGCUGCAAGGUGUUAUCUCCUUAAAAUUACUUAAUGAACACUUUUGAAGGUACAUAUGCAUAUAUGCAUUCGCACACAUACAGUAAUUUGUAUACAGCUGUGUUUGCUGUUGUGAAUUUGACCUUUUAUUAAAGCAACUCUUGAUUCAUAUGUUUUGCUGAUAUUUUAUUCAUUGGAUUAGUUUGGUAUUGGUCCCUUUGAACAGACAUUGUUCAAAGGGACAAUGAUAUUGAUAUUUAAUUUAUUUUUAGGA